UUUUAUUAUUAUUAUUUUGUUUUAUUUUUUUUUUUUUUAUAACAUUUUGAAUAACGGAUCCGGGACCGGGGCCCCCUUCGGGAAAUAAUUUGUACUACAUACCUGAGUCGGGUUCGUGACAACUAAUGUAAUCUAGCAGUAUUGGAACUUUUUUUUUAAAAACUUGAAAUGCCCGAGUGGGAAAACUGGUUCGAGAUCGCCAAACAGUGCAAAUAUUUGCCAGAAAACGAUUUAAAGAAAUUGUGUCAGAUUGUAUGCGAUUUGUUGAUUGAAGAAGCUAACAUCCAGCCGGUCAGCACCCCAGUAACAGUCUGUGGGGACAUCCAUGGACAAUUUUACGAUUUAGAAGAAUUGUUUAGAAAUGGAGGCCAAGUCCCCGACACCAAUUAUGUGUUCAUGGGUGAUUUUGUUGACCGUGGAUACUACAGCCUGGAAUCUUUGACUAGACUUUUAACCCUAAAAGCCAAAUGGCCACAUCGCAUCACAUUACUUCGAGGUAAUCAUGAAUCAAGACAAAUCACACAAGUCUACGGAUUUUAUGAUGAAUGUAUGAACAAGUACGGAAAUGCAAAUGUAUGGAAAGAAUGUUGUAAAGUUUUUGAUUUAUUGUCUGUUGCAGCGUUAAUAGACGAAGAAGUAUUUUGUGUACAUGGUGGUUUAUCUCCUGAUAUUUCAACAUUAGAUCAAAUCAGAGUAAUAGAACGUAAUCAAGAAAUUCCAUACAAAGGAGCAUUCUGCGACUUAGUAUGGUCUGAUCCAGAAGACAUUGAAAAAUGGACAAUUAGCCCACGCGGAGCAGGCUGGUUAUUUGGGUCUAAAGUCACUGAAGAAUUUAUGGAAAAAAAUCAAUUGGAGCUAAUUUGUAGAGCACAUCAAUUGGUUAAUGAAGGGUAUAAAUACAUGUUUAAUGAUAAACUUGUAACUGUUUGGUCAGCACCUAACUACUGUUAUCGAUGUGGUAACGUUGCAUCAAUAAUGGAAUUUUCUACAGUUCAUGAUCGCAAACCAAUAUUGUUUAAUGCAGUUCCUGACGAACAACGAGUUAUUCCAGAUAAGGCUGCAACCCCUUACUUUUUGUGAUAAGUAAAUCUAAUAAGGAUAUAAAUUUUAAAAUAAAGUUUCUUUAGAAAUUGAUAAUUAAUUGUUUAUAUUAUAUAAUUUAUUUUUAUUGAAAAUCAGCAAACAUUAUUUGUCAAAUUGUCGAUAUAUAAAAUUAUUAUCCAAAAACUCAUUAAAAUUAAUUAUUUUUAAAAUA